UCGAGAACAACAAACAAGUCCAGCGCAACUCGUCGGGAUGGACGCAGCGACGUUGACGUACGACACACUCCGCUUCGGUGAGUUUGAGGAUUUCCCCGAGACCUCGGACCCCGUUUGGAUCUUAGGGAGAGAAUACAAUGCGCUCACAGAAAAAGAUGACAUCCUAUCAGACGUCACCUCGAGACUUUGGUUCACGUACAGAAAAAACUUCCCACCCAUAGGCGGCACGGGGCCCACGUCGGACACGGGCUGGGGCUGCAUGUUACGGUGCGGGCAGAUGAUCCUGGGCGAGGCGCUGAUGUGCCGACACUUGGGCAGAGACUGGCGAUGGUCGUCCGGGCACAAGCAGAGACAGGAGUACGUCAGCAUCCUCAACGCCUUCAUCGACAAGAAGGACAGUUACUAUUCCAUACAUCAAAUCGCCCAAAUGGGCGUUGGCGAGGGCAAGCCCAUAGGACAGUGGUACGGACCAAACACAGUCGCACAGGUUCUCAAGAAGCUAGCGGUGUUCGACACGUGGAGCAGGCUGGUGGUGCACGUGGCCAUGGACAACACGGUGGUCAUCGAGGAGAUCAAGCGUCUGUGCAUGCCUUGGCUGGACGCGUGCGCCGAUUCGGCGGCGACGAGCGAACUGAACGGCUGCGUGGAGGGCGCCUGCGCUCUGGCCGGGGAGGAUGUGGAACUUUGGAGACCGCUCGUGCUGCUCAUACCGCUCAGGCUGGGACUCAGCGAUAUCAACGACGCCUACAUACAAACGCUCAAGCAAUGCUUCAUGCUGCCUCAGUCGCUGGGCGUCAUCGGCGGCAAACCAAACAGCGCUCACUACUUCAUCGGUUACGUCGGCGAGGAGCUGAUCUACUUGGACCCGCACACCACGCAGCCCGCCGUGGAACCCUGCGACGACGGCCAGGUGCCCGACGACACGUACCACUGCCAGCACCCGCCCUGCCGCAUGCACAUCUGCGAACUGGACCCGUCCAUCGCCGCCGGUUUCUUCUGCAGAACAGAGGACGACUUCGACGACUGGUGCGUGCGCAUAAGGAGGUUGUCGUGCAACAGAGGAGGCUUGCCGAUGUUUGAGCUGGUGGAGAGUCAGCCGUCGCACAUGGUCAGCGUGGACGCGCUCAACCUCACUCCCGAUUUCUCCGACUCGGACCGUCUGGAGCGCUACUUUGACUCUGAGGACGAAGAGUUUGAGAUCCUUUCCUUGUGAGGAACACGCUAACAAUCCAACACGAUUUGGCGCCUCAACAAAAAAAAGAAGAUUCUCUCGUCUUUUCCCGCACGCCGAGGGGGAAAAGCCGCGGUUGGGGUCGGGCACGCCCCUGGCCCCCGAAAGGCAGGAUGGGACUUCGUAUGCGCAUCCUCACCUCCAAACUUUUUUUCCAUGGGAGUCUUAACUGCAUCACAAACUAAUGUUGAUAAGGAGAUCAGAACGGUGCCUUGCCCCCCCCCCCCCUAACGCCAACCCGCCGAACCCCCCACCCCCCCACCCGGACUCCAUCCCUUAACCUGCUUCAGCUAACACUACAUGAGCACUCAUUGCAAAAAGUAUCCUUGCCCACCAGAUUAUUUAUUUACUCACCAUCAUACAUUAUUCUCAAAAGAUAAACCUUUUGGGAGUAGAAUAUGUAUAUAUACACACACACACAGAUGAGAAGGAAGUUAGAAAUAAACUCGUGACUGAUAAGAUUUCACACAA